CGUUACACCUUUGCAUGGCAGAUAUUGACUACAAUCCUGAGCACAUUUAUUUGGGAUUCAAACAGUAACCUAUGAUGGCAGACAAGAAGCCUAAUGCUGACAGCAAUGCCUGCAGCGUGCUGAGCUGGGAUCAGGUCAGCCGCCUGCACGAGGUCCUGUCAGAGGUGGUACCGGUUCAUGGCCGUGGCAAUUUUCCAACUUUGAAGAUAACCCUCAAGGAUAUUAUCCAAACUGUUCGCAGCAGGCUGGAUGAAGCAAGCAUUCAGGUUCAUGAUGUCCGUCUGAAUGGUUCCGCAGCUGGUCAUGUCUUGGUCAAAGAUAAUGGAUUGGGUUGCAAGGAUCUAGAUCUUGUCUUUCAAGUGUCUCUCUCAAAUGAGACUGAAUUCCAGUUAGUCAGAGAUGUGGUUUUGCAGUCCCUUUUAAACUUCUUGCCUGAAGGAGUGAACAAACUAAAAAUUACCCCUAUGACCCUCAAGGAAACCUAUAUUGAAAAGCUGGUGAAGGUGUACACUGACAUUGACCGAUGGAGCUUAAUCUCCCUCUCCAACAAAAAUGGCAGAAAUAUAGAGCUCAAGUUUGUGGAUCGCAUAAGGCGGCAGUUUGAAUUUAGUGUGGAUUCUUUUCAAAUAAUACUGGAUUCCCUGCUUUUUUACUAUGAUUGCUCAGAAAACCCAAUGUCUGAACACUUCCACCCAACAGUGAUUGGAGAAAGUAUGUAUGGUGACUUUGAGGCAGCCUUUGAUCACCUUAAGAACAGACUGAUAACUACCAAGAACCCUGAGGAAAUUAGGGGAGGGGGUCUCCUGAAGUAUAGCAAUCUUCUUGUGAGGGAUUUCAAACCCAUGGACAAAGAGGAGAUAAAGAUCUUAGAGCGUUACAUGUGCUCUCGGUUCUUCAUUGACUUCCCAGACAUUCUGGAACAGCAGCGUAAAUUAGAGACAUACCUGCAGAACCACUUUGGUGAAGAGGACAGAAGCAAAUAUGACUACCUAAUGACCUUGCGCAGAGUGGUGAAUGAGAGCACCGUGUGCCUCAUGGGACACGAACGAAGGCAAACGCUGAAUCUGAUCUCCCUUCUGGCACUCAGAGUUUUGGUAGAGCAAAACAUCAUCCCCAAUGCGAUGAACGUCACCUGUUACUACCAGCCAGCUCCGUAUGUCAGUGAUGCAAACUUCAGCAGCUACUAUGUUGAAGAUACCUCUGGCCAGUCUUAUCCCAACUGGCUGCCUUGCAACUAAUUUCAAACUUUCUACUUUCUGUGACCUUAAGCAACCAGAAUAGAAUGUCUCCUGGAUUUUUCUUGUACAGAAAUCAGUAGGGCUGCUGUUUAAAGUUCUUAAAUACUCGUAGUCUUGAUCAAGCCAUGACGUUACCCCAUCUUUCCUAAGGGAUAAUAAUCUCUCUAACUGGUGAAAUGCCCCUAGUGUCUGUCUGUAUCUUAGUUCAAGACUUCUUAAAACUGAAGAUUGAAAUAUGUUGUUGGACAAUGGCAGAGCAGUAGUAGCUGCAAUGCUGCUUUCAUGUUAUCUUUCUUUGUGAAGUUUGAAUUGUUCUCUUUACACCAUAUGCAAAUUAUGAGGAUUAGUCUGGUGUGACCAUGGAAAAUCAUGGCUAUACCUAUACACAAUUAGGCUGCUCAAAACCACAUUGAAGUCAAUGGGAUUUAAACAGCUUAACUAUGUGCAGGAUUGCAUCCUCUUUCUUUUUUUCCUAGGAAGUCUUAAGUACACAGUUGACUCUUUUAGUGCUGCAGCAAUAGUGAUGAAUUUAAAAUGGGAGAAGGAAAACCUAUCCAGAAAGAAUGAAUUCUGCUAACUCUAUGGCAUUUUUAGUUUGAAGAAAAUAAGGAUGUUGGGUGACAUCCAACAAUGUGCUGGCAGAAGAGGGUUCCAGGAAGCUCACCUCCCCACCACUCCUUCCCCCAUCAGCCCACACAGUUCCCCCAAAGAUGCUAUACAGAGGACUAGGGGGACUCUCCUAAAUGGGGUGGGCUGUGUCAUAGGAGAUGUGUGGGAGUCCUCCCAAAAUCAGGUGGUGACUGGGAACUCUGCCUGAUUUUGGGGGGAUAUCCCCUUUAGCACCACAGCUCACCCCAUUCAGGAUCAUCCCAAUCCUCUGUAACAUUUUGGGAAGCUCUGGUCUGCUGGGAGAAGAAGGUGGUUGGGAAAAUAGGUUCUUGAAACUCCCUUCCAGUUGGACAUCGCUCAUUCAAAACUGCAUGCUCCAGAAAUUCUGACAGCUUAAGUCUUACACUUAAAAAAAAAAUAUCUGGAAUGCAUAUGGUGAUUAUGAAACUUCAACUUAAUCUUUUAUAUUCCACUGAAACUUGGACUGACUCGCCAAGAAAAUAUGGAACAAAUCCCUUCUCUAGGGUUCUGCUGAAAAAUGAUGUCAUUUUUCCCCUAAGUCUCCAAAGGUAAUGUCUUAAGGAAAUCUCUAAUCAGUAGGAAACUAGGGUAGCUUUGCCUUGACAUAUUAUAUGUAUGUUCAGCCUCACUGGAUUACAAGUAUGCCUGACUAGGAGUUUCUGGAGUAAUGCUAUUGAAGAUGAGAGUGGUAAUGUUCACACUGGAAAUAAUGGCUUGAGGCCUGUAGAUGUCUUGGACUAGGAUAGAAUUUCUGUAUCAUUAAUGUUCCAACUUGAGAGGGUUCCUCUUGAAAAACUUGUAAAGUGUCCUGACCAGUGGUUAGUUGGUGGCUGGAUUUUUGCAUCUUAAAUUUCAGUAUUAAAAGGAGUCUCUAUGCAGUCUUCUGGUCAGCAGUGCUAGUGAUAUGGAAGGUCUUUUUUUUUUAUCUUUUCUAUUAAAGGAAUCCUUGUUCUAUAAAUUAUUAUUGGCUUACCAAAUCCAAAGGGAAAGUUCCAAGCAGCAAUUUGAAAUUCUUCAGUCAUUGUCUAGCAGGUGUGGGCAGAAAGUAGGGCAAACUAUUUUUCAAUCCAUAUUGCUUUCUACAAGGUUCUUAUUGCGCAUGACAAUCUAUUAAACUGGUGGUCUUUGCAUAAAUAUCCAGAAAAGGGAACUAAUUAAGGCAGGGUUGGGAACCUGUGGUCUGCCAGAUGUUGCUGGACUAUAUGCCCAUCAUUCCUGACCAUUGGCUAUGCUAGGUAGGGCUGAUGGGAAUGGAAGUCUACUAACAUUUGGAGGGCCACAGGACCCCACCAGCUUGAAUUAAGGUUAGGUGCAUGAUCAUGAGAAAAUACUUAGAAGCAUAAAUUCUGAAGCAAUGUGGCAUAAACAUCAGUCCUAAGAUCUCUCGUCAAACUGUUCAAAGCAUGAAGGGUGUUUUUUAAAGUAGUAGUUCUUCUGCAGCACAGAGAUAAACUCUAUCUGUAAAAAUGCAGAUGACAAUUAACAUUCUAAAGCAGCAGCACCUUGGGUGAAGUACUUGCUGAAUCAAGUGGGUAAGCAGAAAAGUUGAACUUCUUUUGGGUGCUGAGUACCUGCCUGUUCCAAUUACUUUGGCCGUGCUACGUAUUUUGCUGGGUCACUUCAGAAUGCUUGAAAGUUUCUGAACUUAAUCACACUCUCUUGCCUUAUAAUGUUGCCCAGAGAGCAAGGAGCAUUAUUGCUAUUAAUGUAAAGACUACAUAAUAUGUAGCAGCUGCUGGAUUGGUUCCUGUUGAUAGAACUGCAUUUUGGGGUGAAGGGAAAGAUAAGACACGGUUGUAUCAAGAAGUCAACAACAAACUGGUGUUUAGCCUUUUGCUAAACAGUGAGCAGUUGAAAUGAACUGUAGACAGGUAAGCGAAAUGUCUUUACAUUGGAAGAAAUUUGCUCCGUGCAUGUCUCUGGCAAAUGUAUGUUUCUUUAAAUUAUGUCUAUUGGCAGGAGAAAGGGACAGCAGCUCUUGGGAGGGCUACUGAUAUGCACCUUGUUUGGGUUUCCUGAAAGUAACAAAUAAAUAAAGGUUGCCAACUUAA